GAACAGAAGCUAUAGGGUCCCCUGGAAGUGACGUCAGAGGCUGUUCCGGUGCCGGCUGGAAGUGUGGAAGAGUGAGGGGCUGUCAGUCACCAUGAGCCGCAGCUACAAUGACGAGUUACAGUAUCUGGACAAGAUUCAUAAGAACUGCUGGAGGAUCCGCAAGGGAUUCGUCCCCAAUAUGCAGGUGGAAGGUGUGUUCUACGUGAAUGAUCCUCUGGAGAAGCUGAUGUUUGAAGAGCUGAGGAACGCCUGUCGUGGUGGUGCGGCUGGAGGUUUUCUUCCGGCAAUGAAGCAGAUUGGUAAUGUGGCGGCUUUACCAGGAAUAGUGCAUAGGUCCAUUGGUCUUCCGGACGUCCACUCAGGCUACGGCUUUGCUAUUGGCAACAUGGCGGCUUUUGAUAUGGAUAAUCCUGAUGCAGUUGUCUCCCCAGGGGGUGUCGGUUUUGACAUUAACUGUGGGGUCCGCUUACUUCGCACCAAUCUUGAUGAGGGAGAUGUGCAGCCGGUUAAGGAGCAGCUCGCCCAGUCCAUGUUUGACCACAUUCCUGUCGGAGUGGGAUCCAAAGGUGUUAUCCCCAUGAGCGCCAAAGAUCUAGAAGAAGCCCUGGAGAUGGGAGUGGACUGGUCCCUCAGGGAGGGCUAUGCAUGGGCUGAAGACAAGGAACACUGUGAGGAGUAUGGCAGAAUGCUGCAGGCCGAUCCCAGCAAGGUGUCCUCCAAGGCCAAGAAGAGGGGUCUGCCCCAGCUUGGUACACUGGGAGCUGGGAACCAUUACGCAGAGAUCCAGGUGGUGGACGAGAUUUAUGAUGAAUACGCUGGCAAAAAAAUGGGCAUUGACCACAAGGGACAGGUGUGUGUCAUGAUUCACAGUGGAAGCCGAGGUCUAGGGCACCAAGUGGCCACAGAUGCUCUGGUUGCCAUGGAAAAAGCCAUGAAACGAGAUAAAAUCAUUGUAAAUGAUAGGCAGCUGGCAUGCGCCAGGAUCUCCUCUUCUGAGGGACAGGACUAUCUGAAGGGCAUGGCCGCUGCCGGGAACUACGCCUGGGUGAACCGUUCGUCUAUGACGUUCCUCACGAGACAGGCGUUUGCUAAAGUCUUCAACACUACCCCCGAUGACCUGGACAUGCAUGUGAUCUACGACGUCUCACACAACAUCGCCAAGGUGGAGCAGCAUGUGGUGGAUGGAAAGGAGAAGACACUGCUGGUUCACAGGAAGGGCUCUACCCGAGCGUUCCCACCACAUCACCCACUUAUUGCUGUGGAUUAUCAGAUGACCGGGCAGCCAGUGCUGAUCGGUGGCACCAUGGGAACCUGCAGCUACGUAUUGACUGGCACUGAGCAAGGCAUGACAGAGACAUUUGGAACCACCUGCCACGGAGCCGGUCGGGCGCUGUCCAGAGCUAAAUCUAGACGAAACCUGGACUUUCAAGAUGUUCUGGAUAAGCUGGCUGACAUGGGCAUAGCCAUCCGGGUGGCCUCCCCAAAACUUGUCAUGGAAGAGGCUCCUGAAUCAUACAAGAACGUCACAGACGUAGUGAAUACUUGUCACGAUGCCGGAAUCAGCAAGAAAGCCAUCAAGCUGCGUCCCAUCGCCGUCAUCAAGGGCUGAGAGGACCGACAGUCACCUAAGACUGUAAAGAGCUGACAUCAGAGCUCAGAGAGCCGCCCUCGGCAGGACUGAACGUAAUACUGAUGGAUCGCUGCCCAAUAUAAGGAUCCCAUCUUAUUUUACCAUUUAAUUUAACCCUUUGAUUCCAACUUCAUGUAGGAAAAUAGACUUGGCCCUCCUGGUAAUUAAUGAUUAUUUAGAAGGGAUUGGCUCUCCCAUUCAUAUGUAUAGAAUGAUACACUGUUAGCUUACAGAUGAGGGAACUCUGCUUGCUGCCAGUGAAUAGAAGAUGUUGUGUUUUUGUUUUUUUGUUUUUUUUGCGGUGUUCAGGAACUGUGCAUCUCAUUAUUUUACCCAUCUAGCUGUGAGAACUCAACAAGAAUGGUCACAUUUGCUGACCGCAAGCGGCGAUCUUGAGAAUGAUGAAUUACAAUCCAUACAUAAUGUAUUAGAAAAUUGUAGAACUUUAGAACAGGAUGAAGCUUUGUUCACGUAAGACUGGAACACUCCUUUCAGGGAUAAUUCACACUACCAUGUUCGGUCCGAGAAUCACAGUCCGUGUGUUGGCCACAGCUUCCCUGUCCUGAACUGACUGCAUCAUGGUGAUUUAUGAUCAAGUCAAUUCCUAUCUGACAGUGAGUCUAUUGUACUGUGCUCAC